GGAGGCGGGAGAGGGCGGAGCCGUGGGCCUUGGCGUCUGCGCAGCGCACAGCUGGCCGCGCGCGGGAAGCCGCCGACGGCGCCGACAGGUUCGGGUGCACAGGCAUCUCAACGACGCGGGCGGAUCUCGGAGGAAGGGUGGAAGAAGGGCGGCUCUACCGGUUCCUCCUGAGGCGAGCGGCGGAGGAGCGCGGAGCCUCGGCAGGCCUUCCCCGCAACCUUCGGGGACCGGCCCUCCGUGCAGCUGAGGGACGCGCGGGGGGCGCCCGAAAGGGGCGCCGCCGCCCGCGCUUACCGAGAGACGCCCGCGCUGGCCGAGGUCCCAGUCCCGCUAACCAGGGUCGCCCGCGCUGACUUAAACCACCCACGUUGACCGAGGUCGCCGACCGGGGGUACUGCCCCGCCCCCCCCCCCCCCCCCCCCGAGGACUCCACCUCCGCCCGCGCGGACCCCGGACGUCACCAACCGCGAAGCCCCCGCUCCCUCAGGCGCAGGAGCACCUGGGCCUCCUUCAUCAGGGCCAGAGAUGGCAUCAGUGGACUUCAAGACCUACGUGGAUCAGGCCUGCAGAGCUGCUGAGGAGUUUGUGAAUGUGUACUACUCCACCAUGGAUAAGCGGCGGCGACUGCUGUCCCGCUUGUACAUGGGCACAGCCACCCUGGUGUGGAAUGGAAACGCUGUUUCGGGACAAGAGUCCUUGAGUGAGUUUUUUGAAAUGCUGCCUUCCAGUGAGUUCCAAAUCAACGUGGUAGACUGCCAGCCUGUCCAUGAUGAAGCCACCCCAAGCCAGACCACAGUUCUUGUUGUGAUCUGUGGAACAGUGAAAUUUGAAGGCAACAAACAACGAGACUUUAACCAAAACUUCAUCCUGACAGCCCAGGCUUCACCAAGCAACACGGUGUGGAAAAUAGCAAGUGACUGCUUUCGGUUCCAGGACUGGGCCAGCUAGUGGGGCCAGGAGAGGCUUCUGUUGUAGACCAGCUCUGUAGGGAAACGCAGAUCUCAAAAUGUGGGGACACAAAUUCCUUUCUGUUGUUCCAGGCAUACUGCUCUGGCUUAAUUCUGUAUUUGCCGGAGUCCUGUGAGCCCCUUUCUGAGUGUAUUCUUGUUUGUCAUAGAUGCCUUUUCAAAGUAGUCAACUUUUCUAUUUUUCUACUUGUCCAGUAGAGACCCUGGUUCUGGAAAUUCUGACAAAUAAAACAAUACAAAUGUUGCUUUUUUCCCCUU